UUUGCUUACAAAGAAGCUAGUGUCCUAGUCCACCUUCCAAUCCACUUAAAUACCUUCCGCCCUCCCAUCUCCUGCUUGCUUUGUCAUCCGUACAUUUCCAAAUUACUCGCUAAUAAUGAAGCUCCUCUCCCUAGUUUUCGCCGCCCCGGCCCUCGGCUACCACCUCAACAACCUGACCACGUACGCGAACUGCCGCGCCGAGCCCACGACUACCAGCGCCGUGGUCAAGCAGUACAAGACCGGCGAUGAAUUCGACAUCACCUGCCAGGUCGGCGGCCAGCGCGUCUUCGACUACGGCAUCUGGGACAAGACCUCUGACAACUGCUACCUGACCGACUACUACGUCGACACGCCCGUCUCAGGCAACUACUUUACGAAAAACUGCAACUACCAGGGCGAUGUGCCCGGCCCCGUCGUUGACGACUACCGCCUGAAGGGCCAGUGCGAUGGCGUCGAUCCCUACAACUACUACAACUGCGAGUGCGUCAGCUUCGUCGCCCAGAGAAUCAAUGAGCGCAUGGGCAUCUACUUCCACAACCGGUACAAGGGCAACCACUGGGGAGAUGCGUAUCAGUGGAUUGAGGCCGCGCAUAAUUCCAGCGUCAAGGUCGAUACCACGCCCAAGAAGGGGUCGAUUGCGCAGCACCACCGCAGUAAGCUCGGACACGUCGCUUGGGUCAAGCAGGUGUUCUACCAGCAGAAGAGGGUGAUGAUUGAGCAGUACAACGUCAUUCCCAAGAACUACAGCAAGGAGAUUGUCCCCUGGGAUCACUUUGACUACUACAUCCAUUUGACCGACAAGUACUAGUGUGCGCAGUCUCCCUUUGCGUGGCUUUUUCGGCUAUAUUAGCCUGUCUACAUAAAAGAAAUGUCCCGGCUGGCGGUGGCCCCAAAUAUCCCCUUCCCUAAUACUUUUUCAUUCCAACUACACCGAAAUAAGACGCCUUGGCACCCCCUUGCUGCCCACAUGGUGUCGUUUGCUUGUCU